AUGGCCACGAUUUCCAAUGCUCACUCGGAGCUAAUUCACGACGCGGUUUUGGACUAUUAUGGCAAACGUCUAGCAACAUGUUCAUCCGACAAAACAAUUAAAAUCUUCGAAGUGGAAAACGACACUCAUAAGCUGGUAGAAACUCUUCAUGGGCAUGAGGGACCGGUGUGGCAAGUGGACUGGGCCCACCCCAAAUUUGGUGUGAUUUUGGCAUCGUGUUCUUAUGAUGGAAAAGUAUUGAUCUGGAAGGAAGAAAACGGACGUUGGGUGCAAACUGCGGUCCAUGCUGUGCAUUCUGCAUCUGUGAACUCUGUGAAAUGGGCUCCUCAUGAAUACGGACCUUUUCUGCUUGCAGCUUCGUCCGAUGGGAAAGUGUCAGUUGUUGAAUUCAAGGAAAACGGUACUACCGCACCUGUCGUUCUAGAUGCUCACGCAAUUGGCGUCAAUACUGCUUCUUGGGCAUCUGCUGCUCUGCAAGAUGGCUCCUCAUCUCUUCAGGAACGCCGUUUCGUCACAGGUGGAGCCGACAAUCUUGUCAAAGUCUGGAAAUACAGCCCAGAAGCAAACACGUAUUUGGUACAAGACACACUUGAAGGUCACACAGACUGGGUAAGAGACGUUGCAUGGUCCCCUUCGAUGCUCCUGCGUUCAUACUUGGCGUCUGUGUCUCAGGAUCGUACCUGCAUAAUCUGGACACAAGAAAAUAACCAGGGUCCUUGGAAGAAGACCCUAUUGAAGGACGACAAGUUCCCAGACGUUUUGUGGAGGGCUAGCUGGUCGCUUUCAGGAAACAUCCUGGCCAUCUCAGGAGGCGAUAACAAAGUGACCUUGUGGAAAGAAAAUCUGGAAGGUAAAUGGGAAUCCGCUGGCGAGGUGGAACAGUGA